AUGGUCGACCUCCCUGACCCCACGAUCGACCUGGACUGGAGUGGCUACGUCGGUGCCAUCCACGAGAUAUUCCACAAAAAUGCCCAGGCUCACCCCGACCGACCCUGCGUGACCGAGACCAAGAGUCAGACGACGCCAACGAGGACAUUCACGUAUCGUCAGAUCAGUGAAGCGUCCAACACGAUUGCCAACCACCUACACGAUGCUGGAAUCACCAAUGGGGAUGUUGUCAUGAUCUUCGCCCACCGUUCGGUCGAGCUCGUCUGCGCUUUCAUGGGCACUCUCGCUGCUGGAGCUACAGUAACGGUGCUUGACCCUCUCUAUCCUCCGCAGAGACAACAGAUCUAUCUGGAAGUCUCUCAGCCCAAGGCUCUGAUUUCUAUCGGCAAGGCCGUAGACGAGAAUGGUCCUCUUGCUCCCGUAGUGCAGAAGUACAUCGAUGAAGAGUUGUCCCUCAAGACACAGCUCCCGAAUCUCCGCCUCAGUGACGCCGGCGUGCUGUCUAGUGGCGAGCAGGAGACCGAGGAUCUGUUCGCCACCGUACGAGGCAAGGCCUCGACUCUUCCCGAUGUCAUUGUCGGCCCAGACUCCAACCCCACCCUGAGUUAUACAUCCGGCAGUGAGGGAAAGCCAAAGGCGGUGUUGGGACGUCAUUACGGCUUGACAAGAUACUUCCCCUGGAUGGCAGAGCGUUUCAACCUCUCAUCUGAGAGCGUCUUUGCAUGUCUUUCUGGCAUUGCUCAUGACCCCAUUCAGCGAGAUAUCAUGACGCCACUAUUCCUCGGCGCUCAGCUGCUGAUUCCUGCCAAGGAAGAUAUUCAGCACGAGAAGCUGAGCGAGUGGAUGAAUGCGUGGUCACCGACCGUAACCCAUCUUACCCCUGCCAUGGGGCAGAUUCUGGUUGGCGGAGCGACCGCUACAUUCCCUUCCCUGAAGCAUGUUUUCUUUGUUGGCGACAUUCUCACCACUCGCGAUUGCAAGGUGCUUCGCAAGCUGGGUCCCUCAUGCGCCAUCGUCAACAUGUAUGGCACCACCGAGACCAGCCGAGCGGUGUCGUACUUUGAGAUCCCCUCGGCCGAAGCUGACCCGACAGCCCUCGACUCGAUUGGGGAUGUGGUUCCCGCAGGCUGGGGAAUGCACAACGUCCAAGUCCUCGUCGUUUCACAAGCUGACCACAACAAGAUGUGCGGCGUUGGCGAGGUCGGCGAGCUCUACAUCAGGGCAGCGGGCUUGGCUGAAGGAUACCUUGGCGAACCAGAGAAGAAUAAGGAGAAGUUUAUUGAGAACUGGUUUGUUGACAACGCCAAGUGGGUGGAAGCCGACAAGGCCAACGAGAAGGGUGAGCCCUGGCGGCGUUACUACAAGGGCCCCCGUGACAGGUUGUACCGCACAGGAGACCUUGGCCAGUAUCUCCCCUCGGGAGCUGUGCAGGUGUCUGGCCGCAUCGACUCUCAAGUCAAGAUUCGCGGUUUCCGCAUUGAACUCAACGAAAUUGAUGCCAACUUGGGCGGAAGCCCGCUGAUCAGAGACUGCAAGACGCUUGUUCGUAGGGAUCGUAACGAGGAGCCAAAUCUUGUCAGCUACAUCGUUCCUGAGAUCGCGGAGUGGAAGCGCUGGCUAGAGGCUCAGAACCAAGAGGAUGUUGAAGACGAGGGCGUUGAGAUGGGAUCGAGCGUGGUCUAUCUAAAGCGGUUCCGCAGAAUCCAGGCCGAGGUGCGAGACCAUCUCAAAGCUCGUCUGCCGGUCUACGCGGUGCCAUCCACCUACAUCGUGCUGAAGAAGCUUCCUCUCAACCCCAACGGCAAGGUCGAUACCCCGGCUCUUCCCUUCCCUGAUACCACCGAGAUGAUGGAGGACGCCUCAGAAGAGGAUCUCAAGAGUUGGGAAGCCCUCUCUGAGACGGAAAAGACCGUUGCGUCGCAGUGGGCAAUCCUCAUCAAGGGACUGAACGAGAAGACAAUCAAGUCUGAUUCGGACUUCUUCGACUGCGGAGGGCACAGUCUUCUGGCCCAGCAGCUUCUCCUCAACAUUCGCAAGAACUUGGGCGUCGACAUCACCAUCGGCGUCCUCUACGGCAACCCAACUCUCAGCGCAUUGAGCGCCCAGGUCGACCGCCUCAGCAGUGGUCAGGCAGUCACUGUGGACAAGGCCGCGGAAGCCGUAUACGCCAAGUCGCUCGACGAACUGGUCAAUACACUCGACGCCAAGUACCAGAGCGCUAACCCGGAUGCUUUGAGCCCGUCCGCCGGUGUCACGUUCUUCCUCACUGGUGCUACCGGUUUCCUGGGCGCCUACCUGGUCCAGGAUAUCCUCAGCAGAGAGAACACCAAGCUCCUCGUGCACAUCCGCGGAGUCAAGGACACUUCUUCAGCGAAGGAACGCCUCACGAGAUCACUCAAGGGCUACGCCUUGUGGCAGGACUCAUGGGCCGACAGGAUCGACUGUGUCCUCGGUGACUUGUCCAAGCCCCGUCUCGGCCUGGAAGAUGCUAGCUGGAAGCAAGUCGCCGAGACGGCGGAUGUGAUUGUUCACAACGCGGCGUACGUGCACUGGAUCGCACGCUACGAGCAGAUGAUGCGCAGCAACGUCCUGUCUACCAUUGACGCGAUGAAGCUCUGUAACGAAGGAAAGCCCAAGGUGCUAUCCUUUGUGUCCUCGACUUCGACGCUGGACACUGAGCAUUACGUCAACCUUUCUGACAAGGAGACCGCAACUGGCCGGGGAGCGGUCCUCGAGGAGGACGACUUGCAGGGCAGCCGCGUUGGCCUCGGCACUGGUUACGGCCAGACCAAAUGGGUCUCUGAGCAGCUUGUCCGUGAAGCCGGCAGGCGCGGUCUCCGCGGCGCCGUGAUCCGCCCUGGAUACAUCCUCGGCAGCCGCCACGGUGGCGUCUCAAACACAGAUGAUUUCCUCAUCAGGCUCUGCAAGGGAUGUGUCCAGCUCAAGGCCAGGCCUCGUAUCGUCAACUCCGUCAACGCGGUCCCCGUGGACCACGUCGCCAGGGUCGUCAUCGCCGCGGCGCUCAACCCUCUCCCGGGCGUCAACGUCAUCCACGUCACGGCGCAUCCCCGCCUCCGCAUGAACGAGUUCCUCUCGACCCUGAGCUACUACGGCUACGACGUUCCCGAGGUCGACUACGAGGAGUGGAAGACGCAGCUCGAGGAGUUUGUGUCGGCGGGCGCCAUCGAAAAGGACCAGGAGCAGAGCGCGCUGAUGCCACUGUUCCACAUGGCCACUUCUGACCUGCCCUCGACGACGCGCGCGCCCGAGCUGGAUGACAGGAACGCCGUUGCUGUGCUCAAGGCUGAUGCUGAGCGUUGGACUGGGAUUGAUGAUAGUGCGGGCGAGGGUAUCACCCGUGAGGACAUUGGAAGGUAUCUGCGUUUCUUGGCCGAGACCAAGUUUAUGCCAUGGCCUACGGGCCGUGGACGCGAGCUGCCGCAGAUUGCUGCCGGGGUUGCGGAGGCUCAGGCACAGUUUGGGGUCGGCGGUCGCGGUGGCGCGGCUUAA